ACGGGCACUAGGACCCGGCAGCGGCCGAACGCCCCGGGACCCCCCCCCCCACGCUGCCGGGGCUGGGCUGCCCCCCCCCGUGCCACGGGGUGUCCGUGACCCGUGGGGUGUCCGCGAUCCGUGGGUGUCCCCGCAGGACGGGCCGUCCCUGGGUGACGCGGGGACAGGGGGUGCCGCCCCCCCCCCACGCCCCCCCGUGGCAGGCACCCACCCGGGGACCUUCCGCUCCCGGGGGGACCGGGUGGCGGGGGGUGCCCGGGCGAGGGGUCCCGGGCGUUCCCGGGGGGGCCCAGGCGUUCCCGGGGCUCGUCCCGGCCCGGGCGGGCGCUGCCCAGUUCUGCCCCGGGGCGGGUGGGGGCGGGAACUGGGACCAGCGGGCGGGGACACGGGGCGGGACUGGAACCGGGUCCAGUACCGGGAUAACGGGACUGGGACCGGGAUAACGGGACCGGGACCAGUACCGGGACAACGCGACAGGACCGGGACCAGUACCGGGAUAACGGGACUGGGACUAGCACUGCGAUAAUGGGACAAGACCGGGACCAGUACUGGGAUAACGGGACAGGACUGGGACCAGUACUGAGAUAACGAGACCAGUACAGGGAUAACGGGACAGGACUGGGACCAGUACUGAAAUAACGAGACCAGUACAGGGAUAACGGGACAGGACUGGGACCAGUACCAGGAUAACGGGACCAGGACCAGCACUGGGAUAACAGGACAGGACUGGGACCAGUACCGGGAUAACCAGUAACCGGGAUAAGGAGUGGGACUGGAGGGCCAGGACCAGCACUGGGACCGCGGACCCCCAUGGCAGACGGCGACGAGCCCCCCCGCCGGGCCCCCGCUGACACCCACGGCCCGGGCACCCAGCCCUGCCGGCCCGUGCCGCGGGUCCACGCCUUCGGAAAGGGGGGGCAGGCGCUGCGCAGGGACCCCCGUGCCCCCCCCCGCAUGCGGGGCUGGCUGCACAAGCAGGACAGCUCUGGGCUGCGGCUCUGGAAGCGCCGCUGGUUUGUGCUGGUCGAUCUCUGCCUCUACUACUACCGGGACAGCAGCGAGCAGCAAGUGCGGGGCGGCCUCCCCCUGCCCGGCUACGAGAUCCACGUCCUGCCCCCCGCCCCCCGAGCCCCCCGAUUCCUCUUCACGGCUGAGCACCCAGGGAUGCGAACGUACUGUCUGGGGGCCGAGACCCCCGAGGAGCUGAACGCCUGGGUCUGCGCCCUGCGCCGGGGCGCAUCGCCCCUGCCCAGCUCCCCCCGCUCCCUCUCCCUGCAGAUGCCCCAGGAACCCCGGAGUGCUGGUGCCUCCUCGCCCCCGUUGCCUGCCCACCCGGGUGGGGACCUGGGGAGCCCCCCUACUCCCCCUCCUCGCCGCCCUCCAGUCCCUCCACUGCCCCCCAGCAAGGAAGAGGCCCCGUCCCGGGGGGGUGCCCUGCGGGACAAAGGACACCCGGGGGGGGGCCGCGGGGGCCCCCCGUGGGCGCCGUUGCCGCCGCAGCAGGGAGGAGCCCGAGGGAGCUCCGCCCUCCUGGACCAACGACCAACCAUCAGCCGCCCCCUCUAGCCGGCAGGGGGUCGGAUGAAGCGGAGCGAGACACCGCGGCCAAUCAGACACUGCUCUCUCCAACUGACUCUUCUCAUUGGCUGCUAGCAUCCGAGGGCUCGGAUGGGGCCCUGCCCUUCCCGGGCACCGCCCCCCCGCCGUCAGCCAAUGAGACCUCGGCCUGGCCGCGGGCGGGGGCGAGUGGGCGGGGUUCGGGGCGAGAAGGUGUGGCCGGCCGCGGGGCUCGACGGCCAAUCAGAAUCACCCUUCUCCAGGCCAGCUUCUGAGAGAAGGGCGGGGUC